UUGAUAAUCUUAUUCAGCUAAUGUUACAUUUUAAUUGGAAAAUGUAUCAGAAUCUUUCUUAUGCAAUUAUUCGGCAAGAUAUAUAUAUCAAACUAAUUAUUGAUGAUUCAAUUGAUGAAACAUAUAAUAUUUUACAACUCUAUCUCAAAUCAUCUGAAGAAAUGUAUUAUAAAAUAGCAAAUAAUAACAAGUUGCUUAAGAAAUUUAUAUGCCUACUAGUCAUUUUAAUAAGAAUACCGUCAAAUUCGAUGGCAAGCCAAUCAAUAUUGGUGAAUAAAAUUAUUGUUAUUUUAAACCACAUAGCAUAUGAUGAAGGUGAUAAAGAGAAUAUUUCUAAUAAUAAAAAAUCUUGCCAGAUACCUAAAAUGUAUGUCAAAAUGAUUUUAUCAUAUGGAGUUGAAGACAAGAACACUCUUUCAGAAUUUUUGAAUAUAAUAGAUUUACUGAUUACCUUUCUUCACUAUGGUCAUGAUUAUAUCAAUGAAUCAUGUGAGACUGAAGUAGUUGGGCAAAAUAUCAAUAAACAGUCGUAUGACGAAAAUCAGUGUUUCAUGAGCAUGUUUUUUGAUCAAUUCGAGUAUUUUGUCAAGAAGCAGAAAGAUGAUCCCUCCAAAGUUUUAGUUUUAUCCAAGCUCGUAGAAUUCUUAUCGCACAUGGCCCGAAAAAGUCAAAUAAACUCUAUGUUAAACACAAAUUGCGUUUGGUACUGCAAUUCUCUGUUUUACAAAUUUAUGGCGGAUGUGCUAGACUUUUUAAGCAACGAAAUAUAUCCUUCCAUAAAACGGGAUCAUCCACCUGACGUUGAGGAUGAUGAAAUCAUUGAUAAAAUGGAAGCUAACCUUCCGUCUAAUAUCGCAGAUUUUGUCAAAUCAAUCGUGGUCAGCAUUUUACAAAUUUUGCACUUCCUCACCUCACGGCUCAGUUCUACCCCGCAUAUACACGAAACUAAUUUCAUAACCGAUAACCCACUGAAAAACAAAUAUUGUCAUUUUUAUGAUUAUAACAAAUUGUUGGUUUUGCUUUACGAUGCACUAUUCCUCUAUUUUCCAGACAAGGAAAAGGAUUUAUUACAUAGAGACAUGAUACUAGAUUUAAUAGAACCGUUGAUGAGUCAAGAGGAAAUAAGCAAACUUAUUGAAGAUGAAAAUGAUGUUUAUGACAUUGGCUAA